AUGGGUUGCUUUGGUGGUCGUGCUCCCGUGCAGCCUCGUCCCGAGCAGACAUGGGACGCCAUUACCUUGAAAGAUUUCAAGUCAAAGUCCUUCUGGAAUGGCACGGCCUUCGCAUAUCUCUACUUUUCCGUCAUCUUGUCCAUCGCAGUCUACGGCGUCGAUAUUUUUACGGCAGUCAACCUGCUCGCCUUUGACACCUGGUCUUCUCAGAUCAAGCCUGUGAUUGACAGGAACAUUUCGAAAUGGGUCUUCUCCAUAUGUAUCAUCCUGUCUGUCGUGAACCUUAUCUACGAGUUCAUCGUUGCGGUUCGUGUCAUUCGGAGAGGUAACGUGGCGGAAUGCUAUCUCGACAACCUGGCUGUCAGAAUGGAGAGUCUUCGAUGGGGCAAAGGGCAAGGGUGGCGGCGCUUCCUUGUCUUCUCCGCAUUGACCAAAUCCAAGAAAGGUGCCGAGUACAUUGCUCUUUUCACAUAUUUCAGCUUCCAGUACCAGGAGUUCGACUGCACGAUCCUGCCGUCAGAGCGCAUGGAGCUAAUGAUUCCUCCGGCCGUAGCUUGGUUCCGCGUUAUUUUCUGCUCUGGGCCUCGUCAGGUGAUAAACGCGACAACGCUGUACUCUGUGUACAACGCAAAGCUUAAUCCCACGGAUCUCUCCAGCGUGGAGAGCACUCUUGAGACCUUCUUUGCAAAGCUCCGCCUGCUGUACAUCGAGAACAACAUGCAGGCUGUCAUACUGUCGGGUAUGCUGUUCACCCUGGUCAUCUGGGUAUUCACGACCCUCUUCCUAAUCAUGGCCGUUCUAUUCCACAUCUUCUUUCUUUGGCACUGGAUCCCCAAGGGCGACGGUGGCCUGCAGGGCUACUGUGAACGCAAAAUCAACAAGCGGUUGUUGAAGAUCGUGUCCAAGAAGAUGAACAAGGCUAUUAUGAGAGAGGAGGAACGCCAGCGGAAGGCAGACGCCAAGGCUCUCAAGGCUGGCACUCAGCCACCAGUUACUCGCCAAGCAACGCUCCCGCAGUUCCUGGACGAAGGCAGCGACGACAAGCUGCCGCAAAUGCCUUCAAUGACACGGAAAAACACCAUGACGACGCUGCCUCAGUACCAGUCACGCGCGCCGUCACCGAGUAUCGAGAUGAAUUCGAUGGACCAGAAGAAACCGUACCCUCUGAACCGCAAUGGCACAACCACCACGGUCUCCUCAGGCUAUGCAGGAUCUGUAGCCAGCGCCCGCACGCCACUCGUGGGUGCAGCGGCCCAGAUGGGCCGCUCUGCUUCGCCAACACCGUCCAUCCCGCAGCUUCCUCCCAAUGCAGCUUACGGCAAUUAUCCACCGCCCAGGCCAUCGACAGCAAACUCGAACAGGACGGGUGGCCCAAGCGUUGUAUCUGAAUGGGAGGACCCUUACAUGGCUCGAUCUGCAUCGCCUGCGCCGACUUUGCCAAUUCUGCCUCCUGUCGCAGGCGUCAACAACUAUCCGCCGCCAGCGCGUACUGGCACCUCUCACUCGAUGCGGGGCCCGGGUCCCGCCCCCAGUGUCAUGUCGGAAUGGGACAUGCCAGGCAGGGCACCGAGCGUUGCACCAAGCGUCGCGAGGUCAUACGCAACUGCCCCCUCCACCUUUGCAGGGGCAGAGCCCAUGGCCCCUUUCCCGCCCAGGAUUACCUCCCCAGCUCCCUCGGCCAAUGGUGAUCCAUACGGUCGGCCAAUGCCCCGAGCUGUGGCACAACUUUCUGGUCGGCCUGGCAUGCCUGGCCCGCCCGGGAGGUUCAUGCCAGAGGACCAGCGAAGCAUGAUGGAGGGUCGAGCAAGCCCAGCGCCAUCGUCCAUCUACUCCGAGGCACCUGGGAUGGCGGCGCCGGGUGCGAGAUACAACGGACCGGGGUACCCCCCUCCGGCCCGGAGCAACACUGCUGGCCCCAUGCGGCCGGGAUACGGUCCUGUGCCCACGCCACAGCGCAACAUGACGGCGCCCAUGCCUCCGAGGUUACCACUUGACCCGUAUAGUAGGCAGGGCACGCCUGGCGGCGCGCAGUCUGCGUACUCUGCCUAUGACGACGAUGUGGAGAGUCAGAGGGGACAGCGAUGGUGA